AUGGUUGCAGCCCGCAAAGAUGAGCGUAUCCCGAUUGCGAUCGUCGGGAUGGGAUGUCGCUUCCCAGGUGAUGCUACAUCACCAUCCAAGUUCUGGGACCUCCUGAAGAAUGGAAGAGAUGCUUACUCCCCGAAUACGGAUCGGUGGAACUCAGACGCCUUCCAUCAUCCCAACAGCAAGGAUCGCGUAAACACCUUGGCCACAAAAGGAGGCCACUUCCUAAAGGAGGAUCCCUACCUAUGGGACGCAUCUUUCUUCAACAUUACGGCAGCAGAAGCCAUGGCUCUGGACCCGAAGCAGCGCAUCAUGAUGGAAGUCGCAUACGAGGCACUCGAGAAUGCCGGCAUGCCUCUACCCAAGGUUGCCGGCUCGCAGACUGCGUGUUACAUCGGCUCCUCGACAAGCGACUACAGAGAUAUGGUUACCAGAGACUUUGCAAACUGGCCCAAGUACUACAUCCUCGGCAACUGUGAAGAGAUGGUAUCGAAUCGCAUCUCGCACUUUCUCGACAUCCAUGGCCCCAGCGCCACCAUCCAGACGGCGUGUUCCUCAAGUCUGGUGGCUACGCACCUGGCAUGCCAGAGUCUCCACUCCGGAGAGUCAGAGAUGGCAAUCGCGGGUGGUGUCGGCCUGACGCUCACACCAGAUGGCAACAUUCAGCUGGCCAACUUGACGUUCCUCAAUCCCGAGGGUCACUCGAGGUCGUUUGAUGCGGAUGCUGGUGGCUAUGGUCGCGGUGAAGGUGCUGGCGCCCUCAUCCUCAAGCGGCUGGACAGGGCGCUCGCUGAUGGUGAUCCCAUCCGUGCCGUCAUCCGGGCCACGGGCGCCAACUCGGAUGGCUGGACGCAAGGUGUGACGCUGCCUUCGGGCGAGGCGCAGGCAGCGCUCAUCAAAUAUGUCUACGAAUCUAAUGGACUGGACUACUCUGCCACCCAGUAUGUCGAAGCUCACGUAAGUUACGACCAGGGCACAGGUACUAAGGCCGGAGAUCCCCUGGAAGCCGGAGCGAUAUCUAGGACCAUUGGCUCAGGUGCGACUAAGUCACGGAAGCUAUGGAUGGGAAGUCUGAAACCAAAUAUCGGUCACUUGGAAGCUGCCGCAGGUGUAGCGGGAAUCAUUAAGGGCGUCCUGGCUAUGGAGAACGGCAUGAUUCCCCCGAACAUCUACUUCAACAAGCCAAACCCCGCCAUCCCCUUCGACGAAUGGAACAUGGCUGUUCCGACAAAGCUGACACCUUGGCCCGUCUGCAAGACCAAGCGGAUGAGUGUCAGCGGCUUUGGCAUGGGCGGCACAAACGGGCACGUCGUUUUGGAGUCUUUCAACUCGGAUCAGUGGAAGUCAUUGUUGCCCGCCAACGGGGUCGCCCAAGAGACUCCAAACAACAAGAAGAGACUCUUCGUCUUUAGCAGUCACGAUCAAGCUGGUUUCAAACGCAUAGGCGACAAGUUGGUCGAUCACAUGGACACUCUUGGUCCCGCUGCUUCGAGUCCAGAGUACUUCGCGAAGCUGGCUCACACUCUAUCUGUUGCGAGAUCGGGCUUGACAUGGAGAUGGAGUUGUUCGGCUGAAAGCGCCGCUGAGCUCCGACACAAGCUUUUGACUACUGCUGGCGACAAGACUACGAGGACUCCGGAUAGCAAGCCGAGAAUCGGAUUCGUUUUCACUGGCCAAGGAGCGCAAUGGGCCGGCAUGGGCGUCGAGAUGCUCAAGUCCCACCCGGUCUUUAGAGAAUCCGUCGCGCGAUCUGCGGCCCUUCUCAAGUCCAUGGGCUGCGACUGGGACCCCGUCGAGGAGCUGUCGAGGUCGAAGCAAGAAUCACGUCUCAAGGCGCCCAUGAUCAGCCAGCCUAUCUGCACCGUUUUGCAAAUUGCCCUGGUUGACGAGCUGCGCUCUUGGGCCGUGACACCUAAGAAGGUCGCUGGCCACUCGAGCGGAGAGAUUGCAGCGGCAUACUGCGCUGGAGCGCUCACCCACCGUGAUGCCAUUGCUAUCGCUUACUUCAGAGGCAAGGCUUCAUCCGGUCUCGUCGGCCUCAAGGGUGGUAUGAUGGCUGUGGGCUGCUCUUAUGACCAGGCACGAUCGUUAUUGGCGCAGCACGGCGAGAGUCUCGGUGGUGUCGCAACGGUGGCCUGCGUCAACUCACCCAAUAGUGUUACCAUUUCUGGUGACUCGGCUGCUCUAGAAAAACUGCGAGCCAUCCUCGAAAAGGAGAGCAUGUUUGCUCGCAUGCUUCAGGUAGACGUCGCCUACCACUCUAGCCACAUGCAGGGUGCUGCCGCAGACUAUGCCGCUUCCAUCGCCGACAUUGAGCCAAAUAGCUCAGAGGAAGACGAGACCAAGCGUGUCACCAUGGUAUCUAGUGUCACUGGUAGUGAGGCUGCACCUGAGCUGCUAGGAGGCUACUACUGGGUGCGCAACCUGGUCUCGCCUGUCCUGUUCGAGCAAGCAAUCAAGGAGAUGGUCUCUCCAGCAGCAACUGAGGAGGCAGGCGGCAAGAUUCUGGACCUAUUGAUCGAACUUGGUCCUCACAGUGCUCUUGGUGGCCCUAUCGAACAGAUCUUGUCUCAUCACGGCAUCAGCGAUGUCGGCUACAAAUCUGUUCUCACCCGCCUCCAAAGCGCCGUCGACACGAGUUUGCAGCUUGCUUCCGAGCUUUUCGCCGAAGGUGUGUCUCUGGAGCUUCAAAAGGUCAAUGGCGAUUCUCAUUGUCAGCUUCUCACCAACCUACCACCCUACCCCUGGAACCAUUCAAAGGUCUUCCGCUGCGAUUCUCGGAUUGCGAAGGAACUCUUGGCACAGAAGUUUCCUACGCGAAGUCUUCUAGGAGCGCCGGUUCCAAUGAUGGACGAGACACAGAGAGUCUGGCGCAGCUUCCUGCGUCUUGAAGACGAGCCGUGGCUUCGUGGACACAUGGUCGGCAGCACCGUGCUUCUUCCUGGUGCCGGUAUGACAAGCAUCAUUCUUGAGGCCAGCCAACAGCUCGUCGCACCGGGAAAGACUGCCAGAGCUUUCCGCUUACGCGAUGUCUCUCUUUUUGCUGCCAUGGCACUCCCCGAAGGAGUUGCAACGGAACGGUGGGAGUUUACCAUGUCUUCAUGCGUCGGAGGUGAUCAACUGAGGGAUAACUGCCGUGGACUGAUGACGAUCGACUACCACGAAGACACAACGCCGCAGAUGGCAGAGGAAGAUACGAUCAUUGCAGCCUCCAGAGUCGCGGACUACCACCGCGUUCACAAGGAGUCAAGUCUCGGGUAUGCCAAGGAGAACUUCUACAACCAUAUGAACAGCGCUUCUUGGAAAUACGGAGAGGCUUUCCAGGGUAUCGAGGGCUGUCAUGUCGGCGACGGCCAGAGCACCUUCAACAUCAGAGUGACGGAUAUCGGAGAGACAUAUAGCAAGGGGCAGAUUGAGCGACCGUUCCUUAUUCAUGCUGGUACCUUGGAUGCAGUCUUCCAGAGCUGGCUUAGCAGUACGUGGAUCGGUGACAAGGACGGAGGCUUCGACUUUACCAGACCUUUCGUUCCUGUUCACUUUACUGAACUCGAAAUCGCGGCCGAUAUCCCCGGCGACGUGGGCUAUAUCAUGCCUGGACUCUGCCUCUCUGAGCGUUAUGGCUUCACGGACUUGUCUGCGGACAUGUUCAUGUUCGAUAAGGAUGUUUCCAAGCCUUACCUCGUCGUGAAAGACUUCCGAGUUGCCGAACUCAACAUGGACGACGGCGGAGGUCGCGAGGAUAAUGAGGUUGACCCAACCGACAUCACCUCAGAAGUUCGCUGGAAUUAUGCCUUGGAUGUUAUGGAGCCACAGGAAAUCAGCCGGGUGGUCUCUGCUAUCAAGCCCAGGGAUAGAAUGGCUGAGGUCAUUCGGAUGGCACUUCACUUGAAUCCAGCAGCAACGCUCCUACAGCUCGUCCCAGACCACGAUGCCGUGCGCAACUCAGUCAUCGCAGGCCUCCCUGAGGAUAUAGUGCGCCCGAGUCAAGUCCGCUACGCAGUCAUCAACGCAGCCAAGAGCCCGUUGACCGACAGGACUGCGGUGGUUGGUGAGCCAUUCGAACUUGGGGCCCUGGAUAGUCCCUUGCCGGAGAACAUCCCCAAAGCCGACCUCUUGAUCAUCUCCAGCGACGUGGAAAAGAUACACAAGCGCGACCAAUUCCUUGACCGCGUUCUCAGCCUCACCAACCCAGAGGCUACAGUUCUCAUUGCUGCUAAGCAGCAGCCCACCCCUGCUGGACUGGAAGCUAGAGGCUAUGACUUUGUCUUUGGAGUCGAGGGAGAUGAGCGCCUUGCGCUGUACUGGGGUGCCAGGAACGCGAGCACGAAGCCCGCGGUCAACGGCGCGUCUACCCGGCAGGCAGUCAUCAUGGAGCCGACGACAAUGUCCAAAGAGACCCGACAAUUCUCCAAGUCUCUGCAGGAGUUGCUUGUCGCUCAGAGCUACGCAGUGUCAACGAGGACUUUCGCCGAUGAGCCGAAAUCCGAUGUGGCCGAGACUGAAGUUCUCAUUUCCCUGCUGGAACUUGAGAAGCCGCUACUCGACAACUUGUCGGAGAAGGAGUACGAAGUUGUGAAGGCCUUGUCUUUGACGUACCAGCGCCUUCUCUGGAUCACCUGUGGCAACAACCCAUCAUUCGGCGUGAUUGAUGGUCUGUCUCGUUGCGUCGAGAGCGAGAUUGCGGGCACCAGGUUCCAGGUUCUCCAUCUUAGCCAAGAAACAGGUCUGCAACACGGACCGACACUGGCAUCCCGCAUCUUGAAUUCGGAAACCACAAAAGAUGACGAGUUCCAUGAGCGCGAUGGCGUCCUGCAGGUGACCCGCAUCUACAGGAGCUUAGAUGAGAAUAACUCUAUCAAACAUCACUUGCAUGAUUCGACCCGGAUUACACCUGUCGGUGCCGACGAAGACCUGAGGCUCUCGAUCGAGAGGCCUGGUCUGUUGGACACACUGCAAUUCAUCGAAGACGACCGGCUGAGUGCCCCUCUCGCAGACCACGAAGUCGAAAUCAAGGUGAAGGCCACGGGUAUCAACUUCCGAGAUAUCAUGGCCACGAUGGGACUCAUUCCCAUGUCUGUUUUGGGACAAGAAGGCAGCGGUGUCGUUGUCAAGACUGGCAGUCAGGCAAGUCGCUUCAAGCCCGGUGACCGUGUGAGCUUCUUGGGCGUUGGUACACAUGCUACCAAGAUUCGGGUUGACCAUCGCAUUAUUGCUCAUAUUCCCGACACCAUGUCGUUCGAGGAGGCCGCCGCCUUGCCCGUCGUCCACACCACCGCCUACCAUGCACUCGUCAAUCUUGCAAAGUUGACCAAGGGCAAGUCAGUUCUGAUCCAUGCUGCUGCUGGUGGUGUCGGCCAAGCGGCUGUCCAAAUUGCCCUUCACCUGGGUCUGAUCGUCUAUGUCACUGUUGGUUCCGAAGACAAGCGAAAGCUGUUGGUUAACACGUAUGGCAUCCCUGAGAAGCACAUUUUCAAUUCUCGCGACGCCAGCUUUGCAAAGAGCGUGAUGCGUGUUACGAAUGGUCGCGGAGUCGACUGCGUCCUCAACUCACUGUCCGGAGAGCUUCUUCGGACAUCGUGGGAGUGCCUGGCCACCUUUGGCACUUUUGUCGAGAUUGGUCUGCGCGAUAUCCUCGACAAUACCCGACUCGACAUGAGACCGUUUGGAAAGAGCACGACUUUCACGUUCUUCAACCAAUUCACGCUCUACGAAGAGGACCCGGCUGCGCUAGGCCAGAUCCUCGACGAGGCCUUCAAAUUGGUCCACAAGGGCACACUCCGUGCUCCGAGCCCCUUGACGGUGCAUUCCAUGGGCCAAGUGGGAGAUGCAUUCCGCACCAUCCAGCAAGGAAAGCACCGCGGCAAGAUGGUCAUGUCGUUUACGGAUAACGCAGACGCUCCAGUCUUGCGCAAUGCCAAGAACUCUCUUAAGCUGAAUCCUGAUGUCACGUACCUCCUUGUUGGUGGUCUCGGUGGUCUGGGACGCAGUCUGGCGCGGCAGUUUAUCGCUUGUGGCGCUCGAAACAUUGCCUUCCUCUCGAGAUCUGGAGACAGCUCCCCGGAUGCAAAGGCUUUGAUCAAAGAGCUGUCUGGCAUGGGCGCGAACGUCAAGGCCUAUCGCGGUGAUGUGUCAGACCCUGCUUCGUUCCGGUCCGCUCUGGAUCAAUGCGAUCGAGAGCUUCCGCCUGUCAAGGGCGUAGUCCAGAUGGCCAUGGCUCUUCGCGACAUCGUCUUUGAGAAGAUGUCAUACGACUGGUGGAAGACUGGGCUCAGGCCCAAGGUGCAAGGCACAUGGAACCUUCACGAGUACUUCGACCGUGACCGCCCUCUGGAGUUCUUCAUCAUCUGCUCGUCCAUCUCGGGUAUGUAUGGCUACCCUAGUCAGGCACAAUAUUCCGCUGGCAACACAUACCAGGACACGCUAGCGCACUACCGUCGGUCACAGGGGCUCAAGGCCGUGUCGGUCAACCUAGGUAUUAUGCGUGACGUUGGCGUGCUCGCAGAACAAGGAGCGGCAGGCAACUUUUUGUUGUGGGAAGAGACUCUGGGCAUCCGAGAGCCGGCAUUCCAUGCACUCUUCAGGGGCCUCAUCAAUCGGCAGAAGAGCGAGGACCCAGCUUCAUGGCCGCCAGCUCAGGUGACAACAGGACUGGGCACCGCAGACAUUAUGGCAGCACACGGUCUCGAUCAGCCGGGAUACUUCAGCAUUCCACGUUUCGGACCUCUGGCUGUGACGAGCUCAGCGACCAGCGCUUCGGGUGCUGGAAAGUCGGAUACUGUCUCACUUUCUGCGCGCUUAUCUGAGGCCGCUAACAAGCAGCAGGCGUUGGAUAUUAUCACUGAGGCGCUGGUGAAGAAGGUGGCCGACAUCUUGCAGAUGCCUGUGUCUGAAGUUGAUCCAGGUCGACCUAUGUACCGCUACGGUGUUGAUUCUUUGGUUGCGCUCGAGGUUAGGAACUGGAUUACGAGGGAGAUGAAGGCAACUGUGGCUCUUUUGGAGGUUUUAGCUGCGGUCCCUAUGGAGGUCUUUGCUGCUAGGAUCGCCGACAAGAGUAAGUUGGUGGCGUUUGAGUGAUUACUUCAUGUUAGGACUUGAGGGCGGCGUUCAAAGGAUUGGAUGAUGGGGGCUUUAAAAGCUUUUCUUUUUAGAUCAAAUACUUGGAGUUAGGAUUGUUUCCUAUAG